GGACAAUGUGGAGUGGUCAGAAGAGCAAGCCGCAGCGGCGGAGAGAAAAGUCCAGGAGAACAGUACCCAGCGGGUGUGCCAGGAGAAACAAGACCCACGUUGAUAUGGCUAGCCAAUGACGACUGUGUGGUCACGCGAUCAUCUUGGAGCCUGUACUUUCUACAUGAUUUGCACUUUCCAUGAGGAGAUGUUUCCAUUGAAGCUUCAUUUAAUUGAUUAUGAGAUCAAUGCCCACAAAUACUGGAAUAACUUCUACAAAAUCCAUGAAAAUGGGUUUUUCAAGGAUAGACAUUGGCUUUUUACCGAAUUCCCUGAGCUGGCACCUAGCCAGAAUCAAAAUCAUUUGAAGGAUUGGUUCUUGGAGAACAAGAGGAGUGAAGUACCUGAAUGUAGAAACAAUGAGGAUGGACCUAGUUUAAUAAUGGAAGAACAGCACAAGUGUUCUUCGAAGAGCCUUGAACAUAAAACAGAGACACCUCCUGUGGAGGAGAAUGUAACUCAGAAAAUUAGUGACCUGGAAAUCUGUGCUGAUGAGUUUCCUGGAUCCUCAGCCACCUACCGAAUACUGGAGGUUGGUUGUGGUGUGGGAAACACAGUCUUUCCAAUUUUACAAACGAACAAUGACCCAGGACUCUUUGUUUACUGCUGUGAUUUUUCUUCCACAGCUAUAGAGCUGGUCCAGACAAAUCCAGAAUAUGAUCCUUCACGGUGUUUUGCCUUUGUUCACGACCUGUGUGAUGAAGAGAAGAGUUACCCAGUGCCCAAGGGCAGUCUUGAUAUUAUCAUUCUCAUAUUUGUUCUUUCAGCGAUUGUUCCAGACAAGAUGCAGAAGGCCAUCAACAGGCUGAGCAGGCUUCUGAAACCUGGGGGGAUGAUGCUUCUGCGAGAUUACGGCCGCUAUGACAUGGCUCAGCUUCGGUUUAAAAAAGGUCAGUGUCUAUCUGGAAAUUUCUACGUGAGAGGUGAUGGAACCAGGGUUUACUUCUUCACACAAGGAGCUGGACAUGCUUUUCACCACUGCUGGACUGGAAAAGGUUCAGAACCUGGUGGACCGCCGACUGCAAGUGAACCGAGGGAAGCAACUGACAAUGUACCGGGUUUGGAUUCAGUGCAAAUACUGCAAGCCCCUUCUGUCCAGCACCAGCUGAGAGGCACCUGCUGCCAAGACGGUGCAAGCUCAUUGUGUUUCCGGGCUUUUUUAAAAAAACAUCUGUAGCACCAGGCAUGGUGGUGCAUGUCUGUAAUCCCAGCCACUCAGGAGGCUGAGGCGGGGAGGAUCCAUUGAGCCCAGGAGUCCAGCCUGGGCAAAAUAGUGAGACCCUGUAUCUGAAAGUAAUCAUAAAAAUAAAAAGAAUAUAAAUGAGGUCUUGUUGACGUUGGACAAUUUAGGAAUUCAGACUUGAAGCUUAAACCUAGAAAAAGUUACUUUGUAUCAGGAUUCUAACAGUUAUGCUUUAUAUUUGUGAAGUCCUUUAAAAUAUAAUUUUCUCAAGUUAUUUCUUUGAGAUCUCAAUCUGUCUUAGCAUUUUGUAACUAAUAACUGAAAUUUUAUUCAAAGGAACUGUAAACCUUAAAACACCAAUUUAUUUCCAUGUGAAAAAGUGUUAUAUAUGACAAGUGUUUUUUGACUCUAAGUCCAUUAAACUUUUGAGAGUGUAAGAUGCCUGGGCUAGGGCCAACUGCAGUUAAUACUUACCGAGGUUAGUGGAAGGGCUCAUUAAGUUGUAGGGGAAGCAAAGGCUGGGAAGAAAUCAGAUCAGAUGUUUUCCUG